AUGGUGGAUUUAUAAUUACACACAUGGACGAAUUCAUUGAUGAACUAUUACGUGAAGACAGAGUAUGUGAUACUAUAUUGCCACGAAUUACAAAACGUUAUGUGUUAGAAGAAAAUGACGAACUACAACCACGCGAAA